GCCAUACAGCAGCUCAGUGAGAGCGGCGGCAGCAGCAGCGGAUAGGCAGCGGAGUUGGUACCAACAUCUUCGACUUCUCAAAACCAAAAACACCUCGACUGCCCUUCAGCUGCUCUGCUCACCAUUAUGCCUUGGACUGUUCGCUGUUUCUUGGAUUACACGUUGGAUUUAGCGUCCAUCAGCUGCGGAGAAGAUGACUAAACGCGAAGUUAGCAGCGAAGGAGAAAGUGUGCCUUGUUUGGAGCUGAAGGGGUCGUGUGCCACAACAUAGAACUCGGAGCGCAUCAAGGCCAACAUCAGCCAGUAGCACUAAAUUAGCUUGUCGGUUGGCUAACUAAGGUUACAGGUGUUUAGGGAGUAAAUAACCAAACAUAACUCGUAGCUUUAGAUAGCUGGGAACAAGUUGUGCCCUUAUGUCUUGACGCAACACUGACUUAAAUGUGCCUGUUAUAACCUUUUUUAGCAUAAGUAGCAAGUAUAACACUUAGCAACAUUGUUAUUAGCUGUUAGCUUUUUAGUUAGCCGCUGCCCCGUGUUUACAGCAGCAGCAGUAGGCUAGCCACAUUAGCUAAAAAGCUAGCGAGUUAACUUUAUUGCUACAUGUGCUUAUUUCUUUUGUAGCUAUUUUUCGCCUUUUGACCCAGCUCGACAUCAGACUCGCAGUGUGUUUCAGUGUUUCCAUUCUUUUUUAAUAAACAAACCAGUUUGACUUUUUCCACCGUGCCUGAUUUGGACUGACCCACCCAUAAGGACUAUCUAUCCGGGGCCGAUGCUGACAGUUCAGCCCGGAUCACGGCAACGCCAGGAGCCGCUACAGCGAUGCAACCCCAGCAGAUAUACGACUUUUCAAGUGAAGAGAACAGUCAGAAAUGGAGAGGCCUCUUUGUGCAAGCUUUACGAAAGGUACAGCAGCAGGUCCACCCAAACCUGGCGGCGAAGGAGGAUGCCCUCCAGCACAUCGAGGAGCUGAUCCUGCAGCUGCUCAACAUGCUGUGUGUGGCCCAGCCUCGCUCAGUGCAGGAUGUAGAGGAACGCGUCCAGAAAACUUUUCCCCACCCUAUAGAUAAGUGGGCAAUCGCCGAUGCCCAGGCAGCUAUUGAGAAACGAAAGAGAAGAAACCCUUUACUUCUCCCUGUGGACAAGAUACACCCAUUGCUAAAGGAGGUUUUGGGCUACAAAGUAGACUACCAUGUGUCCUUGUACAUUGUGGCGGUGCUUGAAUACAUAUCAGCGGAUAUACUUAAACUGGCAGGCAACUAUGUUGUUAACAUUCGGCACUUUGAAAUCAGCCAGCAGGACAUCAAGGUGUCCAUGUGUGCAGACAAAGUGUUAAUGAACAUGUUUGAGCAGGAUGAGGACAUCGGUUUGAUGUCGCAGUGUACGGACGAGCCCUCGUCUUCUGGUGAGCUUACAUAUGACGACCAGGUGAGGCUUGAAAUCGCAGAGGAGCGGCAAUACCUGCGAGAGCUCGACCUCAUUAUCAAAGUGUUCCGGCAUCACUUCCUGUCAAACCCCAAAAUCUUCACACCUCAGGAUGUCGAGGUGAUCUUCAGCAACAUCUUGGACAUCCACGAGCUGACGGUGAAGCUUCUCGGGCUGAUCGAGGACGCUGUGGAGAUGACCGCUGACGGCAGUCCUCAUCCACUGGUGGGGAGCUGCUUUGAAGAUCUAGCAGAGGAGCAGGCGUUUGACCCGUAUGAGACUUUGUCCCAGGAUAUCCUCAGGAGGGAUUUUCAUGAGCACUUCAACAACCUGAUGUCACGACCAACAGUUGGCCUCUACUUCCAGUCAGUUGCAGAUGGCUUUAAAGAAGCUGUCCAGUAUGUCCUCCCCCAGCUGAUGAUGGUCCCCGUGUACCACUGUAUUCACUACUUUGAGCUACUGCAGCAACUUCAGGAGCACAGUGAAGACGAAGACGACAGAGAAUGUCUGAAACAGGCAAUUACAGCUCUGAUUAACCUUCAGUGUAGUGUGGACCGCAUCUAUGCCAAGCACCAGCCUCGACGUAAACCUGGUGAGCCCAUGUACCGCCUGUACAGCCGACAGGUUCGUAGCAAACAACUGGCCAUCAAGCGUAUGAACGAGAUCCAGAAAAGCAUUGAUGGCUGGGAGGGGAAAGACAUCGGCCAGUGUUGCAGCGAGUUCAUCCUUGAGGGGCCACUUUUACGAGCUGGUGCUAAACACGAGAGACACAACUUCCUGUUUGACGGCCUGAUGAUUAGCUGCAAGGCCAAUCAGAGUUCCCGGCUCCCAGGGUCAGGUAGCAGUGCGGAGUACCGCCUGAAGGAGAAGUUCGUGCUAAGGAAAAUCCGCAUUGUGGACCGCGAGGACUCUGUAGAGCUGCGGCACGCUUUUGAACUCAUAGGCAAAGAUGAAAACUGUGCAGUUUUCUGUGCAAGGACAGCAGAUGAGAAAGCUGCAUGGAUGGCAGCACUGGUGACUCUUCAGUACCGCUCCACUUUGGAUCGGAUGUUGGACACCGUGCUGCAAACGGAGGAACAGGAGCAUCCUCUAAGACUGCCCUCUCCGGAGGUUUACCGGUUUGCUGUGGAGGACUCUGAGGAGAAUAUAGUGUUUGAGGACAAAAUCCAGAGUAAAACUGGUAUCCCCAUCAUUAAGGCUGGCACAGUGGUCAAGCUCAUAGAGAGGCUCACCUACCACAUGUAUGCUGAUCCCAACUUUGUGCGCACAUUUCUUACCACCUACCGAUCAUUCUGUACACCACAGGAUCUCCUCGUCCUGCUGAUGGAGAGGAUUGAGAUCCCUGAGCCAAAACCAACUGAGGAGGAUCGGGAGGCUCUCUGGAAUGAUGAUCAGCUAAUGGCUGCUGAGCUUCAAAGGUUUCGAAAGGAGUAUGUGCAGCCAGUCCAACUCAGGGUUCUCAACGUUUUUCGUCAGUGGGUCGAACAUCAUUUCUACGACUUUGAGAAUGAUCCGGAGCUGAGAAGUCUGUUGGAGGACUACAUCACGGGCAAAAUUCAACUUCGAGGCAAGUCCAUGAGAAAGUGGGUCGAGUCCAUCAAUAAGAUCAUCAAGCGAAAGCUGCAGACUCAGUCAAACGGCAUCAGUCACAAUAUCACCUUUGAGAGCUCACCUCCUCCCAUCAAGUGGCACCUCUGCAGAGCGGGUCAAGUGGACUUGUUUGAUCUCAUGACGCUUCACCCCAUAGAGAUCGCCCGCCAGCUGACGCUGCUCGAGUCUGAGCUCUAUAGAGCUGUUCGGCCAUCUGAGCUGGUCGGCAGCGUCUGGACCAAAGAGGACAAAGAGAAGAACUCACCAAACUUACUCCGCAUGAUCCGCCACACAACCAACCUCACACUGUGGUUGGAGAAGUGUAUUGUGGAAACGUGGAACCUGGAGGAGAGGGUGGCAGUGCUAUCACGGGUCAUAGAGAUCCUUCAGGUUUUCCAGGAGCUCAACAACUUCAACGGCGUGUUGGAGGUGGUCAGUGCCGUUAACUCUGUCCCGGUCUACAGGUUAGACCACACCUUUGAGGCAAUACCAGAGAGGAAAAAGAAAAUCUUAGAAGAAGCUGUGGAGCUGAGCCAGGACCAUUUUAAGAAAUACUUGGCUAAACUCAAGUCAAUAAACCCACCCUGUGUGCCUUUCUUUGGGAUCUAUUUAACCAAUAUUCUGAAGACGGAGGAGGGCAACCCUGACUUCCUCAGACGCCACGGCAAGGAUUUGAUCAACUUCAGCAAGAGGAGGAAAGUGGCUGAAAUAACAGGAGAGAUCCAGCAGUAUCAGAACCAGCCCUACUGUCUGAAGGUGGAGCAAGACAUAAGGAGGUUUUUCGAGAACCUGAACCCAAUGGGCAACAUGAGCGAGAAGGAGUUUACUGACUACUUGUUCAAAAUGUCUCUGGAAAUUGAGCCACGGAACUGCAAGCAGGCUCCUCGAUUUCCCAGGAAAACCGCAUACCCCCUGAAAUCCCCUGGGAUCCGGCCUGUUCGGACUUCUAACACCCCUAAGGGCCACCCCGUCCCCCUGGAGAGGGAGCCCCCACAUAAGAUCACCUUCCGCAGCAUCGCAGAGACAGAGAUGGACACGACGGCGUCGGCCUCAGUGCCAACCUCUCCCAACACGCCCACCCCUCCACAGUCGGCUUCCUCUGACCUCAGCUCAGUCUUCAUGGAUCACGACCUCAGCAGCUCCUACAGCGGUGGUAACUCCAUAUUUGCCCCAGUUCUCCUACCGCCUUUAAAGUUCCAGUCUGUCUCUUGUGGCAGCCUGAACCAGCUUGGAGAUGAGCAGAAGCCGCCUCCUUUGCCUCCUCGACGGAAAGACGCCAUGUCUGAAGAGAAACUGAGCUCCAGGUCUGACGACCCUCCAGCCAUCCCUCCCCGCCUGCCUCCCCAUCUGCCAAGGAACCAGCCUCGACCUCUGAUCUACAACAGCCCUUCUAUUGAUGGACCCCUGCCCAGCCCUCCUCCUCCACCGCCUCGGGACCCUCUCCCUGACACCCCUCCUCCGGUUCCCCAGCGACCCCCGGAGAUCUUCAUCAACUAUCCCGUCAACAUGCAGCCUUCACCCGUGGGCCGAUACCACUGGGACUUCGGCAGCUCCCCCAGCUCGCCCAACACCCCACCCAGCACGCCGUCCCCUCGCAUCCCCAGGCGGAGCUGCCCGCUCAGCGCCAGCCAGAACAGCCUCUGCCCCGUUCCCAUCACCGCCCCACCUGUCCCCCCACGACAAAACUCCAGCCCACAGCUCCCUAAACUUCCACCAAAGACGUAUAAAAGGGAGGCGUUACAGCCGCCGCUACAAGGCCUCUCAUUGGUGGAGAAUACCGAAAGCAGCCAAUGAGUCUGCUUCAAUUUCUUAACCACCAAAAUGCAAACUUCAAACCAGUUGACUCAAAGCUACUGAUCUGAAAGAACAACACUGCUCCACAUUCAAACCUGCCCCCGCCUGCAUCCACCACGCCUGCUAUGCCUCUCAGGAGAUCAGUAGCUCCGCCUCCAUCUCAAACCCUCUGUGCCAAUGAGAAAACCCACACCAGUGUGCCAGCUAAUAAACAACAAGCAGUGUUUGUGUCUGUGAGGAGUGGGACCACCUGCCUCUGAUAAAAGCUCUCCCCCCUUACCCCCUGUGGCUCUCCGCACCAUCAGCUAGGGAGGGUGAAGAGGGGGGGCUUGGACUUUGUAGCUUCAACUGUGUAUUGUUUCUUUUGGGCAUUGAUGUUAUCUGGAUUUCUGCUGCAGCUCACUGAUUUUUUUCACAACCUUUCUCCUCUACGACCAGCUCAGACGUGGUCCCUUCAUGGUGGGUGCAAGCAGCGGACUUGUUUGCUUUUCCUACCAAGUGAAGACAAACAGUUGCCAAAGUCUUAUUUUAUGCAGGGGGACAAGGGAUUUUCUGUUUUAAAGCAAAUGUGACACUAAAAUAAACCAGAAAAGGAUGCGACACUGAAUCCCCCACCUUGUAUUUCAGCUGUACACUGUGACUGUAAAGUAGCAAGUCAAACUGUCUUGACUAUUUUUGUUUUGUUUCUUUUUUGUCUGAAGCCUCUCACAGCCACAAAAUGUUGCCUUUCUAAAAAAUAAUAAUAAUAAAAAAGAUAAAAAACAAAAACCAACAGUGAUGACCUCUGAGCCCAGGCUCCAGUCCUAUCGGCCCAGAUGGGAAAAAAAGCCGAGAACACUCCGUUUGCACAUCAAGAUUUAGGCAAAGGUGGCAGGUGAUUAGACUUAUUUAAAGAGGAAAAAAGAAAGAAACCUCUGCAGUGCAUGGCAGAGGGAAGUCUGCCACGAUAUCAAACAGCACCAGGAAGCAGGGCGAAGAAGAGGACUCUCACUUUCAAAGCUGAUGUCUUAACCGAUUCCCUUACGGACACGCGCUGCUGUCUGACACUGUGCUCUUCUCCAAAACCUCCCCUCCCCUCUUUGCAUCCGUGGCCAAUUCUUCAUCAUUUGUAUUAAAACUUUGCACUGGAAGCACGCAUUCUCCCACCAAAGCUGGGUCAGCCUCCCCCCACCCCUCACUGGCUGCUCCUAAUACUUAAAACCCAUGAAAAAGAGGAACUUUCUAACCCAAUUUCUUCCUCUUCAUCUUUUUCUCUCUCUUUUUUCCAGCUUGAGACUUUUUUCUUUGAAAAGACUGAAAUAAUCCAUGCAUCAUGCUCUGAUGUGCCUUUUUAUUUUGUUUUCUACUUUACAGAAAUAAGCAAAUGGUGUCUAAAAUGCUUAAAAAUAAAGUUGCCUAUGUAAUGUUUAGAACAAAGCUAUACACUAUGAAAUUGUACAUGUUUGUGCAUACUGUGUAUACAUAACAUGUAUACACUAAUUUGUAUAAAGUGACUUUUUUUCCGUCUUAUUGUACCCUCAUCCACAUCUGUUCAGAUAUUUCCUAUUAAUCCAGUGCUGCUACAGUCAGCUAAGAAAAUAAUAAUACAAAAACUAGACAAAACAGGUCACCCCCACUAACUUACUUACAGACAAUCUCCAGUUGAAACUGGGAGUAUUAACUGAUGAAAGCCUUUUUUUUUUUUCUUCCCUGCCCCUUUAGGUGUUUUAGAGCAAUGGGAAAAAAAAUCCACUUCAAUAUGCCAAGCACUUACUUAGACAUGUGCUUCACUUUGUACAUCCUACUAAUGGCCUUUUCUCCUUUUCAAAGACUUUUUAAUGCUUACACUUGUUAAAUAGAGGUUGGAGCUGUAUUAAAAGUUGCAGUGGAAUAUAUACAGACAUAUAUUCAGUUGCAAGUUUUGGAGCAUAGUGAAGAAUUGGAUGUUUUUCUGAGAAACACACUUUGUGCACUUUAGGCUGUACUGUUGAAGAGCCGCAGUUGUUACAGGUAUGUUUGUAAAUGCAGUGAUCCCUGUGCAGCUGUCGAACUCGCUCUCUACAUGGAUCAGGGCAGAAAAACACGAGUCUAUCACCUCACUUUUACCGCCUGUUGCUGGUUCUGAUGUUUGUAAACGACACAAACGCCUGACGGUGUCAGACCACCACAAGCAGAGGUUUUGUUGUUGUUUUUUCCCUCCUUACGCCCUUUCCUGUCUCUUUCCUUUGCUCUGAAUGUGCAGAGGCGUCCUCCGACAGUGGUGGAUGAUUUUGAUCAAACUAGGGACAAAAGGGGCACUUCACUAUUUCACCUGAUGUUCUGUCCAUUUCCUAAGUUUCCCAUGUCAGUAUUGAUGGGGUUAAUCUUAGCUUUUGGGGGGUUUGUGUUAAUGUUUUUUGUUUUUAACCUCAUUUCUGACAAAAUAAUAGAUUGGUUUUCCUCUUGGUGGCACUGUAACAUCUUGAUCCAGCAGUCGGUUUGUUUGAUGGUAUGUGGCCUUUUAACUGCUUUGUAUUAAUGGUCUUGAUGAGAUUAAUAAAUCACCCAGUCUUA